AUGAAAACUGUAUUUGAAGCCUUUCCAGAAAUUGUGUUUGCUGAUGCUACGUAUAAAUUAAUUGAUAGUAGGAUACCAGUUGAUGUUCUUUUGGUAGAAGAUUGA